ACAUAGAAAAAGCAUCAACCCUAUGCUCAAAGGCUGUUGAGAACCAUUAUUCUUCCUCGAAUCCGUUCCAUCUUCAUCAAUGUCGGUAAACUCACCCUGCUUCUUGUUCUUCUUCCUCCUCCUUUUCACUGUUUUUUUCCCGCUUUCUUCUACUCUUCCCAACUCAGACCCUUUAACAGCCCAACCGCUUCCCAUUACCCAAGUACCACCGGCAACAAUACCCGCAUUUCCAGAGCAGUCAAAUGUUGCCGGCUGCCCACUAGACUUGCCGGAUGAACUAUUCCGGGGGAUAAAAGACGCAUGUGGUGCCACCAAAGCCGGGGAGCUCCGGCCCAGCCGGUGCUGCCCUGUUCUCGCGGCGUGGCUUUAUUCAGCCUACUCAGCCACUGCCCUCGGCAGGGCGAGCAGAGUGACUCCAGCUGUGGCGGGUCGGGGCCCGUCGUACGAUUUACCGCUACUUCCGGAUGACUCGGAAACCUGCGUCGAUGAUCUGGGGAAGGCAUUGAGGCAAAAAGGGAUAGAGCUUGCCCGGCCAAACGAGACGUGCGAUUUGGUGUACUGUUACUGCGGCAUUCGUCUGCAUCCAUUAACAUGCCCGGAGGCGUUUUCGGUGAACCAGAAGGGGAAACUCGUCGGAAAUGAAAGCGUGAAGAGAUUGGAGAGAGAUUGCUUAAGCAGCAGCACCAAUGUGAAUGGAUUUCCGGGUCUCGGUGGCUGCAAUAAGUGCUUGAAAAGUCUUCAUCGGCUUAACCGAAGGAAUGCUUUGAAUUCAAGCAAAUCAGAUGAGAGGACCACGAAAAUGCGGAAGAAAGAUUGCCAGCUGAUGGGUCUCACAUGGCUUCUUUCAAAGAAUCGCACAGCAUACAUUCACACUGUGUCCGCAGUUCUACGAGCUAUUAUGAUGAACAAGGACAACUCUGAUCCUACCUCAUGCACUCUUAGUAGCGAUGGAAUGCCCUUAGCUGUUGAUUCUUCUCAAAUCUCAAGCCAGUCUUCAUCAAUCACCCUUCAAGUAUCCAUAUAUCCCCUAGUUUUAUCACUUUGCUUCUUACUCAUGGUCCUCAAUGUUUCGCUGCUACGGUUUUAGUUCUAUUUGUUCUUUGUGGAGAAGUAUUUGUACAUCCUAUGUCGAAUCAGCCGGGAGGAGCUUAAGAUGCUUGCAGUGUUCAAGGUUAGCCAAGAAAUAUCGGUAGAGCCGGAUUUAAUGUUAGCUAGGUAGGUGUCCUGUUCCGCCGCGGGCAUUUAGGGAUGUGUAGAUGGAGAUGGACACGACAUGGUCAUUG